AUGUCCGCAGCGAACCGCGGCCGUCCAGCGACUGGGCGCAAGCGUGGCCGUGACGCUGAGGGCGAGAACAUGUCCUCUCCGCCUGCGCCGCCUUCGAGUCCACCCGCCUCUUCACCACCGGUCUUCCCGCAACAUGAUGAUAUCGAAGAAGACGAUAAUCUUGACCCCGAAGACGAAAUUGCUCUAGAUCUUGACGAUGCCGACGAGAUGGCUGAAGACGAUGCUGGCAUCGAUCUCUUCGGCGACAACUUCGACAAAGACUACAAUCGCACCGCAGACCGAGACUACGAAGGCGCCGACAUCGACGAUGAAGGCGAUUACGAUGAUAUGGACCUUGCGCAACGUAGACAAAUCGAAGCGCGCCUCAACCGACGAGAUCGCGAACUUGCGCGGGAGGUGCAGAUGCCGAAAGCGUUCUUAGCGGACGAUGAUGAAGAAGAUGUUGCAGCCUUGACACGCCAGCCGCGAAGACGUAGGAACCGAUAUGACGAAGAUCAGGACGACGAGAUGAUGCAUGAAGAUAUCAUGAACGAGGAGCUAUCUCUGGAAGCGCUUGCAGACAUCAAAGCCGCUUCGCUUACGGAUUGGGUGGCUCAACCUGCUGUGCACAAGACUAUCGCUCGCGAGUUCAAGAACUUCCUGACCGAAUAUACCGACAGCAAUGGCACGUCUGUCUACGGUGUGCGCAUUCGGACACUCGGUGAAGUCAAUGCAGAGAGCCUCGAAGUAGCCUGGGAUCACCUCUCCGAGUCCAAGCCAACUCUGGCUUACUUCUUGGUCAACGUGCCGAGCGAGAUCCUACCCAUCUUCGACGCAGUCGCAAUGGAUGUGACCCUAUAUCAUUACCCGGAGUACGAGCGCAUUCACAGUGAACUGCACGUUCGCAUUACCGAUCUGCCGGUUUCCUACACUCUCCGCCAACUUCGUCAGUCGCACCUGAACUGCCUUCUCCGCGUGUCCGGCGUGGUGACCCGCCGAACAGGCGUCUUCCCGCAGCUGAAGUACAUCAAGUUCGACUGCACCAAAUGCGGCGUCACUCUAGGUCCCUUCCCACAGGACAGCAACGCAGAGGUCAAGCUAUCAUACUGCCAGAACUGCCAGAGCAGAGGACCCUUCACCGUCAACAGCGAAAAAACAGUCUACCGCAAUUACCAAAAGCUGACCCUGCAAGAGUCACCCGGCACCGUGCCAGCUGGCCGCUUACCACGCCAUCGCGAAGUCAUUCUCCUCUGGGACCUCAUCGAUUCCGCAAAGCCAGGCGAGGAAGUCGAAAUCACAGGCAUCUACCGCAACAACUACGACGCCCAACUAAACAACAAAAACGGCUUCCCCGUCUUCGCCACCAUCCUCGAAGCGAACCACGUCGUCAAAUCCCACGAUCAGCUCGCUGGUUUCCGCCUCACAGAAGCCGACGAACGCGACAUCCGAGCCUUAUCCCACGAUCCAGACAUCAUCAACAAGAUCGUCCAAUCUAUCGCGCCCUCCAUCUACGGCCACAUCGACAUCAAAACCGCCGUCGCAUUAUCCCUCUUCGGCGGUGUGGGCAAGGAAGCACAAGGCAAGCAUUCCAUCCGCGGCGACAUCAACGUCCUUCUUCUCGGUGACCCGGGGACAGCCAAAUCGCAAGUACUAAAGUAUAUCGAAUCCACCGCCCACCGCGCCGUCUUCGCCACAGGCCAAGGUGCAUCCGCCGUCGGUCUCACCGCUUCUGUCCGCCGGGAUCCCAUGACGGCCGAGUGGACGUUGGAGGGUGGCGCGCUCGUACUGGCGGAUAGAGGGACUUGUCUGAUUGAUGAAUUCGACAAGAUGAACGAUCAGGACAGAACGAGUAUCCACGAAGCAAUGGAGCAGCAGACCAUCUCUAUCAGCAAGGCGGGUAUUGUUACAACGCUGCAGGCGCGCUGUGCAGUUGUCGCAGCCGCCAACCCAAUCGGAGGCCGCUAUAACGGCAGCGUGCCCUUCUCGCAGAAUGUGGAAUUAACGGAGCCUAUCUUAUCGCGUUUCGACAUCCUCUGCGUCGUCCGCGACACCGUUGAUCCGGUUGAAGACGAACGGUUAGCGAACUUUGUGGUGAACAGCCAUGGGCGUGCGCACCCUAUCACGCAAUCCAAGUCACAAUCCCAGACGCAGACAAACGAGAUGGAAGUUGACGAACCACAACAAGCACCACCCACUGCCAAUAAGCCCACGAGUCCCAUCCCGCAAGAGCUACUGCGGAAAUAUAUCCUCUACGCUCGUGAACACUGCCGACCGAAACUGUACCAAAUCGAUCAAGAUAAGAUCGCCCGUCUUUUCUCGGAUAUGCGGAGGGAGAGUUUGGCUACCGGGGCUUAUCCUAUAACCGUAAGAACAACCCCAAUCCCGAUCCUUCUCACUGAAAUUCACUGA